UAGAAUAACAUUUGCAUGCGGUAUUUUGCUUUUAAUGUCAGCAUGAUCGCAUGAGUAAUCCGUUUAUGAUCAACGAUCGGUAAAAAAAACAGAUGUUUCCAAGUAUAUCCAGGUGUGUCCAGGUGUAUCCAGUUUCACGGUAAUUCCUUUGCACUAUCAUCCUUGCUCUAUGGUAUAACCGAGGUUGUUUUUACCAAGUAGUAAACACAUACAAUGACGGAACAUCAGCCUUUGUUGGGAGCAGAGAGGGGUAACCGUUACGUGGGAUUGCUGGCCAUCCUAGGCACAUGGGUCAACUGGUUCAUUUGGACGGGUGCGGUGAAAGGUCUAGCCACGCUGCUACCGACUCUACGGGACCAGAUGGAAACAUAUACAUGGGUCAUCGGCUGGAUGAUUGUCAUCAUGGAAGUCACUCUGAAUCUAAUUGGCCCAUUUGCAGCCCCUCUUGGAAGCCGCUUCGGUAUCCGGAUUUGUGUGAUGGUCAGCGGCUUGAUGAUCGGCCUCGCUUUUAUCAUUUCUUCGUUAUCGUCAAUUGUGGUUACGACAGUUGCGUUGGCAUUGCUUGCAGGACCUGGAAUUGGGAUUACUAAUGUUUUGUGCAGAGAGCUAGUUGGACGAUGUUUUAGGUCAAGAGGUAUCUCUACAGCUUUCUCCAUCGCUCAAUCUGGUAGCGCUGUCGCAUUCGUGGUUGUGCCACCGAUGACGCAACUAUUCCUGGAUUCAUAUGGCUGGAGAGGCACUUUGCUCCUUUUGGGCGCCAUUUUUCUUCACAUGACCGUGUGCGGUGCCCUCUUCCGACGACCGCCAAGCAAGGAUGUUGCACUGGCUUCUAACUACUCUGUCGUACCAACUGAUCGUGUUGAGAAGGAACAUCAACUUAGUAAAGACCCCUUAAGAGAGAGGGAUGAGCCUCACAAAAAGUCAACUUUCCGAGCCCUCUGCCAACAUCUCAACACUGAACUCCUCUUCAAUCGGGCAUACUGGUGCGUAGCAGUCAUAAGCAUUGUCAAUCAUAUUGCCUGUUUAGGCUGGGAGGUGUACUUCGUUCCUCACACUCAGACCAAGGGUUUCACACCGAAGGAGUCAGUCAUCCUGACAUCGAUCAUGGGAUUAUGGAAAAUCAUCGCUAGCUUCACACUUGGACCUCUGAUGGACAAAAUUCAAGGCGGCCGCAUCAAUUAUAAGGUGUUCCUGGGAAUUGCUCUGACGUCACUCGUCGUGUAUUAUAUUAUCGACCCAUGGCUUACAUCCUUCUGGUUGAAUGCGGUUAAUGUCGCCAUCUACGGCUGUUCAACUUUCUUGACUUGGGUUUUGGCGGAUGUCUUGGUAUGCGAAGUUGUCCCAGCUGAUUGCUUGGGCAGUGCCUUCGGCUGGAUAGGAAUGAAAGCUGCUGUUCUCUCUUUCCUACUUCUCUACUUACCAGGUUUGAACUUUGACCUCGAAGGAAGCUACACCUUAGCGUUCACGCUGUUGGGAGGUCUUCAAGGAUUUGCUAUCGUUGCUUUGGUGCUGCUAGUUUACGUACAAAGUCAAGAGUGAGAUUUCGAAUAUUGCACUUUUUAUGGGAAUGGUUGCGUUCUUAACAUAUUAUUUACCCAUUGGUAAUACAA